GUCGGGCGGCCGGCCAUGGGCUCGCUGAGCAGCCGCGUGUGGGGGUCCAGGGCCGGGGCGGCGGCGGCGGCGGCGGCGGCGGCGGCGGGGCCGAGGGGCGGCGGCGGCGGCGCGGGGGGCGCCCCCAAGCGGAAGCGCGGCGAGGGCCUGAGCGACAGCGAGAGCGGCGAGGAGAGCGAGCGCGAGGAGCGGCUGCUCAACACCCCCCGGAGGAAGAAGCUAAAAAGCACUUCGAAGUAUAUUUAUCAGACACUGUUCCUGAAUGGUGAAAACAGUGAUGUUAAAAUUUGUGCCCUGGGAGAAGAAUGGAACUUGCACAAGAUAUACCUCUGUCAGUCUGGUUACUUUUCAUGUAUGUUCAGUGGCUCUUGGAGGGAGUCAGGAAUGGACACAAUAGAGUUGGAGAUUCCUGAUCAGAAUAUUGACAUAGAAGCUUUACAGGUUGCCUUUGGCUCACUUUACCGGGAUGAAGUGUUAAUAAAUCCUAGUAGGGUCAUUGCCCUCCUGGCAGCUGCCAGCAUGUUACAGCUGGAUGGCUUAAUACAGCAGUGUGGUGAGACAAUGAAGGAAACAAUUAAUGCAAAAACUGUGUGUAGUUACUAUAAUUCUGCAGGAACAUACGGAUUAGAUUCUUUGAAAAAAAAGUGUCUUGAAUGGCUCUUGAACAACCUGAUGACCCACCAGAGUGUGGAACUCCUCAAAGAACUCAGCAUAAACCUCAUGAAGCAGCUGAUUAGUUCCUCUAACCUGUUCGUCAUGCAAGUGGAGAUGGACAUAUAUACUGCUCUAAAGAAGUGGAUGUUCCUUCAACUGGUGCCUUCUUGGAAUGGGUCACUCAAACAGCUUUUAAGUGAAGCAGAUGCCUGGUUUUCCAAACGCAGGAAAGAUUUUGGGGAUGGCAUCUCAUUCUUGGAAACUGAACAAGGAAAUGGGUUUUUAACAGUGUUCAAACAUCUGAGGCUGCAGUAUAUAAUCAGUGAUCUGGCAUCGGCAAGAAUUGUUGAACGAGAUAGCCUGAUCCCUGCAGACUGGCUGUCCUCUGUUUACAAACAGCAGUGGUUUGCCAUGCUCAGAGCAGAACAAGACAAUGAUGUUGGGCCUCAAGAGAUUAAUAAAGAGGAACUAGAAGGAAACAGUAUGCGGUGUGGCAGAAAACUUGCCAAAGAUGGUGAUUAUUGCUGGAGAUGGACGGGCUUCAAUUUCGGCUUUGAUCUGCUGGUCACGUACACCAACCGUUACAUUGUCUUCAAACGCAACACGCUAAAUCAGCCCUGCAGUGGCUCGGUCAGUUUGCAGCCCCGGAGGAAUAUCGCUUUCAGGCUGCGACUGGCUUCUUUUGAUAGCAGUGGAAAGCUUAUUUGUAGCCGAACUGCAGGAUAUCAGAUACUAACCCUUGAAAAAGAUCAGGAACAGGUAGUGAUGAAUUUGGACAGUAGGCUGCUGGUCUUCCCUCUGUAUAUCUGUUGCAACUUCCUGUAUACCUCCCCAGAGAAGAGAAAGGAAAAUGACGGACAGUCAGAUAACCUAGACAGCUGAGAGUGACGUUUGAAACUUCUUUGCAUGGUUGCUUUAACUUGGAAGCUCCUGAUGCACUGAAAGAAAAACAAUGAGAUGGCCUUACACAUUGAAGCAAAGGGAGGGGGAACUGUGAUAUUCUACCAAUUGUCAGAAUACAAGCCCCAGCAGCACCAGCCGGCAUGACUAACCAGUGAGGUAUGUUGGGAGCUGUAGUUUUGAGAUAUUGUGAACCAGAGUUCCCCACCCCUGCCGUAGCAGAUAAAUGCAACUUCCACCUCGUGUCUAUACAUUCCUAUGCAUAUCUGAAUAGCUGAAACUACUUAUGAUGACCUCUUCUUUUCCUGUGAAUUCUGAGCCCCAGAGAGUGAUAAAUAUGAGGAUUACCACCAGUUUCCUGACAGUACAGAAAUAAUUCAAACGCAGUUCAUUAACUGGGCCUGCUUAAUUAAAAGGAAUAUGAUGAUACAUGUAUAAAACCCACAUUAACUUAAAUACAACAUACUGUUUUUACUUUACGGUCUCGAUUUGUUCUUCUGACCAAGCCCUUCAUUGUUAAGGGUCAGUUACUGGCUUGGUGAAAUCUCUAUUUCUGGAUUGCUUUUAAUUCAUUACACUUGUAAGUACUUCCUGUUGAGUUGAAGCCUUUCUAUAAUAUAUAUUGUUUUGUUUUCAAGAAACAUACAUUUUUUAAACAUUGGAUGUAUUUUUAAAAGUCAUUCUGUAGCAUCUGGCUGCCUCAGUUCAGCAUUUUUAAUUCAUCAGAACUCAGAUCCAUUGUUUUAUUAUUUGAUACCUGUUUUCACUUUUUUACUUUUUGUUUUUUGACUUUAAGCAAAAAAGCACUCCCCAACCGUGGGCUGGGUGAACCUCUGCUAGUCAGGCAGCCAAGUCCAGCCCCAAAGAGAAAAGGGGCUCCAGCUGAGAAUUGCAUUUUGACCCCUGGGGUUUCUCUGAUGGCUUCCACUCUGUUGUCAGAAGGGCCAGCCAGGUGAAAUUCUGGAUCCUGCGUAGCUUUAAAGGCACUGAAGUUCUGUGGGUCUGCCUAUACACACAGCGCAGCAACAUGUCUCAGGAUUGCAACAAAUAUCCUGUUGAAGCUGAACACACACUAAAUACAAGCAUUUGAAAGCAUUUUAGUGACUGAAAUCAAACUCAGAGCGGGAAUAUAUAUCCUGUGUUCAGGAAUCUAGAACUUUUGAGUGCCUUUUGAGUUGUAUCUAUAUUUGAACACUCUCUUUACCUUGCUUAAGAUAGAUUGCUGUUCCAAAAACUGAAACUUAAAGAAUUUGUGUCUUGAAUUAGUGUUUAAAAAAAUAAGCUAUUAAAAGUGAUCAUAAACUGUUACUUGGUUUGUACAUAUCUUUGAUGGUUGGGAUGGUUGUCCAUUGUCUAUCCUUAAAUACUUGCUGGUAGCAUAUUUUUGUAAUACUUAAUUUAAAAUAUACCCUUCAUGUGCUAUGAAGAUAAAAUAGCUUGUUCAGCACAGUGAAACAACAACAAACUGAAAAUAAACCAUCUGCAUUUUAGAAUUC